AGUGAAUGCGGCUGAGGAAGGAAGAGGCUCCCAGCAGUUCUUUUUCUUCUACUUCUUUUUGGGCAUGUACAGGUACACGACCAUUCGUGUCGUCUUUAACUGUCCUGCACCAAUUUGUUUUUUUAAACAGCUAAAAACGUGGAGUUUGCUGCGCCUCACCUGCUCUACAUCGGACUAUAACUGCGGAGUGAUUUUUUUUUUUUAAAUAUUCAUUUUACGCACCGCUUUUCGUCGUUUGUCUUGUUUUGAAUGUGAUUUAUAGUUCGUCGGCGUUAUUAGAAAAUAUUUUUAAACUCUUCUUUUAUUCCGGCAGUCGAAUUGACUGUUAAAAGACACGAUGCGGAUAACGUUUUUUAAGAAGAAUGGAGGUGAUAAGGCAUUAAAACUUGGCGCCUAACUAGAUGACUCCGCGCUGAGGUGUUGUCACUCCGCUUCCUAUUCCUCAUCCUGCAGUGAAGAAAAAGAAGAUAACAAGCAUGGCUGACUUGUGGCAUCGCACCGCCGACCCACCCCAGACGCGCCUUCAAGAUCUCUAGAAAAAAAAAAAAUCUUUCCUGCGAUCAAACCGAAUGUUCUCCCAUGGCGGCGGGACGAGCUCGGGGAUCGGACGACGGGAAUCCGGCCAGCGAGGGACGCAGCAGGUGAAAUAGGAUCCGAGCGCGCACUGUUCCAAUGCACACCGAGCGCGCCUUUGCGCAUCGCUGCCUGCGUGAAGAUGAAGCAGCGCAGCCACCUUGUUGCUGCACCGUCAACCUGCACCCUUUCUCCGUCGUCUGCAGCACCUCUCCGCCCAGGUCCCGUCCACGCAUCACUCUCAGCUUCAGGCUGCUAAAUGAUUUUCUGGGGGAGGACUUUUAACCGACGAGAUGAUGCUCGUACUCCUGCUGGCCGCCUUUUCCUCCUCCAUCUCAUGCUCCUCCCUCUCCUCCCCCUCCAUUUUGGAUGGACCCCCGAUGGCGGACCCGGACUUGAUGUCCGAAACGUGUAGCGCCUGCUCGUGCAUGUCUGUGGAAAACGUGCUAUACGUUAACUGUGAGAAGAUCGCCGUGUACCGGCCAACGCAACUUGUUCCACCAGUGUCGUCGUUAUACCAUCUCAAUUUCCAAAACAACUUCUUAAUUAUUCUCUAUCCGAACUCGUUCCCCAAUUUCACCCAUGCUGUGUCUCUGCAUCUUGGCAACAAUCAGCUGCAGAACGUAGAAGGCGGCGCAUUUAUGGGGAUGAGUGCGUUGAAGCAGCUGCACCUGAACAAUAACGAGUUGAAGGGGUUGCGAGCAGACACUUUUCAAGGGAUAGAAAACUUGGAGUACCUUCAGGCCGACUACAACUUGAUAAAGUACAUUGAAAAGGGAGCAUUCAACAAACUGCACAAGCUAAAAGUGCUGAUUUUAAAUGACAACCUUAUACAGGCACUUCCUGACAACAUAUUUCGAUUUGCAUCCCUCACACACCUGGAUAUAAGAGGGAACAGGAUCCAGAAGCUUCCAUAUUUGGGAGUGCUGGAGCACAUUGGACGCAUAGUUGAGCUUCAGCUGGAUGAUAACCCCUGGAACUGUACGUGUGACUUGGCACCUCUCAAGGCGUGGCUUGAAAACAUGCCCUAUAAUAUUUUUAUUGGAGAGGCCAUAUGUGAAACACCAAGUGACUUAUAUGGAAGGCUACUAAAAGAAACCAACAAGCAGGAGCUUUGCCCCAUGGGCACGGGAUCGGACUUUGAUGUGAGAAUGCCACCUGCGCUCCCUGAUACUGGCCAAUCCCCCUCAAAAAUAUCCCCAACCUCCGUGGUUCAAAUCGCCACCAAAUCACCAAAAACCACGGACGCCUCUAAAAUAUAUGGUAAUGGCAUUGUAGCCGGUUCACCCCCCUUUGGUAGAAAUAACCAGAUUGUUUCUUUUCAAACACGUACCCCGCCUCUGUUGUGCCCAAAGCCCUGUAGUUGUAAAACCCACCCUUCCGAUUUCGGCAUUAGUGUCAGUUGUCAGGAAAGAAAUGUGAAAAAUCUAGUUGAGCUCCUUCCUAAACCCCCAAACGCCAAGAAACUCCACUUAAGUGGGAAUUACAUUCGUGACAUAAGCCCAACUGAUUUCCAAGGGUUUGAAGGUUUGGAUCUGCUGCAUCUUGGCAGCAACCAAAUUGUAGCUGUUGAGAAAGGAGUGUUUGCUAACCUCACAAAUCUGAGAAGACUGUAUCUGAAUGGGAAUCAGAUAGAACAGUUACACCCUGAGAUGUUUUUGGGCCUCACAAAUCUGCAGUACCUAUAUCUGGAAUACAAUGCCAUCAAAGAAAUCCUGGCGGGCACCUUUGAUUCAAUGCCGAAUUUACAACUACUGUAUCUCAAUAAUAAUGUUUUGCGGAGUCUACCUGCUUAUGUGUUUGCUGGCGUCUCUUUAGCCAAACUAAAUCUGAAAAACAACCAUUUCAUGACACUGCCAGUAAGCGGGGUCUUGGACCAGUUACGGUCUUUGACCCAGAUAGACUUAGAGGGGAACCCGUGGGAGUGUUCUUGCGACUUGGUUGCGCUCAAGAUGUGGCUCGAAAAGCUAAACGAUGGAGUGACUGCUAAAGAAGUAAGAUGUGCCUCCCCUGUGCAGUUCGCCAACAUUGAAUUGCGCCUCUUAAAAAACGAGAUCCUGUGCCCGAAGCUGAUAGCACGACCACCAUUUAUUUUUACCAGCGCCACCCCUCUUUUGACUUCAUUGUCACCUGCUGGUGUCGGCAAAGCCCCUCCAGGAGGACCUGUUCCUCUCUCAAUCAUGAUCCUCAGUAUUCUUGUCGUGCUAAUACUUACGGUAUUUGUGGCUUUCUGCCUUCUAGUCUUUGUCCUUAGAAGGAACAAAAAACCAGUCGGUCGGCAGGAGCUGGGGAAUCAGGAGUGUGGGUCAAUGUCACUGCAGCCUUACCGGCAUGGACAUAAGUUGGGCAAAAAAGGAUCCAUCCCUGGAGAUGACUUGGGAGGCGAAACAUUUAUUCCACACACCAUUGAACACAUUGGCAAGAGUCACACAUGCGGGAUCGGACGCUCGUCAGACAUUGACGCUGGGUUUAAGUUUGCUGACUCGCAGAGGCAGAAGAUUAUCCUUCGGAGUAGCGAUGACAAAGACGCGUUAUCCACCCUGGAGCGCAACAAGCGCCUCAGUACAAUCGACGAGCUGGAGGAAUUCCUUCCGAACCGAGAGCCCAGCAUGUUCAUCCAGAACUUUCUGGAAGGCAAGAGAGAUUUCAACAGCAUAGGAAUGAGUGGAUACGAAAUCCGCUACCCAGAGAAAUCGCUCGAUCGGAAGAUGAAGAAGUCGUCGCUGAUAGGCGGAAACCACAGUAAAAUUGUGGUGGAGCAGAGAAAAAGUGAGUAUUAUGAGCUGAAAGCCAAGCUGCAAGGAACACCUGAUUACCUCCAGGUGCUGGAGGAGCAGACUGCACUGACUAAAAUGUAGAAAUUGUUGUCUUUGCUUCGGUACAGUGAACACAUAAAGACGGUCUUCAUUUCUUUUGCUCUUUCUCCCCUUUUAGUCGCACACAUCAUUUAACCCCAACUCUCCGUUAUCUUUCUUUAUCUCUCUGCAGCCAGCUGAGCGCGUGCACUCAAACACACACACACACAGCAAAAAAGUGCCUUCCGGAAAUUCUUAAUGACCACUGCAUAAAUGGACAAAAUGGCUCUGCACUUUUUUAAUGUGGACCGAUGAGGAUAUUUGUGACAAUGCAAGACUUAUGGAUCAUCUUAUCAAGACAAGACAGCCUGUAAACAACUCACUGUCUUUUGCUGCUACGGACGUGGCUACUAGUCUUGUUCUUAUUAUUUGACUCUUCUUUUGUUGUUGGUUCUUUUACUGCCAAAUGAAAUCCUUUCAGAAACUGUGCUUGAGAAUAUACCUCGCAGACCCCACCCCUCAUUUUCAAACAAGAUGGAAACUGAACAACAUUGUUUUCUUCUCGGCUCGCUACUUCUGGGAUUAGUUACAAAGGGAUGAAUUUGUGGAUGGUACCUUGGUUUGAUUUCACCUUGGGAGGAUAUUUGUUUGUUCUUUGGGGAGCUCUCUGCGGCCGGUUGCAGACUUGAUGCCAUUUUGGCAGCAUUAUAAACAAGUGGCACACUACCUGCCCUAUGCUGUCAGGCUAAAUGGCUCCUGCUGUGUGUUCACCAGAGAACAAUGCAGCGCAAAACUCCUCCAAGAAUGAGUUCACCACUUGUUUUCUUUGUGUAAAGAGGCGUGUUUAUAUAUAGUGUGUUCUGAAUGAAGUUGCGUUGCUACAGCCAACCAUGUUCUUUGGGUGAAACCGAAUCAGCAAUGACACUGUCAAAAGAUGACGUUUCUUCAAAUGGAUAAAAGAGUACAAAGUUGCUUGCCAUGUAAGCGUAACUUGGAAUUUAUUUUGUAAGUCUUACAUUAUUUGUAUCUGUGGGACUGGUUUGUACAUGACAAAGACUAAAACAUGCACACACACACAUGCUGAAUGGUGGCGCAUCAUCAUCUCGAUCAGGGGUCUCAAACUUUCGGUGCGUUUGUGGCCAUUUGCUUAACUUCAUAGUUUAGUGUAAUUGCAGCCUGCACAUCCUGGGCGGCUAAUAGUUAAAUAUAUUAUGGCAAUCUUGAAUCUCACUAGCAGGGCCACCUCUUGCUAAGGAUCCUGCUAUUUGUGGGAAAGCCCCGUUUAGCGUGGGAAAAGUGCAUGUAAAAUUAAUGAAUGACAGAGCGCUUCAUAUGAAAUUUUACCGCAAACUUCGGCUACAUUUCCAAUAUAAUGCUUGAUUAAUUUUUUUUUUUUAAUUCCACAUUGUUUAUAGUCAUUUAUGUUUCCAAAAAUAAAUGAUUUCAAAUGUGAAAAGAAGAAAUACCCAAAGUGAUCCUCAUGGCGUUAAGUAGUAGUGCUGGUCUUGUAUAAAGCUGUCCAGGGUUCAAAUCAAAGUCAAAGAUGUGUCAGUAAAGUAUAUAGAUUUAUAUUUUGAUUAUGUAAAACGUGUUAUUAAGCAUUAAAUGUUUUGUUUUUUUAUCAACAAUGUAUUUCCCAUGAAUUGUUUGUAGUACAAUUAUUCAACAAAUUAAACUCAUAUUUGUUUUGAUAAAGUUAAAAAAAUGGUUGGAAAAAGUGUCAACAAAUUAGUGAUGGUUGGGGGCCCAAAAUGAAAUUCUGCUUAGGGCUCCAUUUACUUGACACUAACUACAAAAUGGAACCAACAAAUCUGUGAAUGCAUUUGUUAUUCAAAUUGUUCUUUUGUUAUUUUUCAAGUUAUGAAAGUCAUUUUGGAACAAUAGUCUCCCCAACAUGCUUCGGUCAACCAAAAACAAAGACGUGUGGAGGCCUGUUUGUCCAACAAAUCAUACACAGUUGUUAGGGAUGCAGCGAUAUGAACACAUGAUAUCAUGCAUAUUGUGACCAAAAUGAUCAUGGUUAUCAUUAUUGUCACGGUAUUGUUGAAUGUGCUCAAAAAGCACUGAAAUCCCUGAUAUCUUUCAACCAAGUUUUAUUCAAAUCAUAUGAAUAGUCAAUGUAUUUUCUUGGUAGAAGGAACACUAAAUGUUGUUGGGACUUCUUGAAAAUAAUUUUAUGUUUGCAAAAGUUUGUGAGUGUUUUUAAAAAAAAAAAAAAAAUGCUAUCAAAGCAAACGAUGCCAGUUCAUCUAACGUCACACGAGUUUGCUCCCUGUUGUUGACGCCUCUGUGUAUUGCGCUUCAUAUUUAUCAGUCUGUCAUAAGAGAGCACAGCCUGGAGGUUGAAUGUGCAUAAUGAAAUAUCCUAGUUGCUCAGACAGCAAUGUGUUUAUAUAAGUCUAGAUUGGGAUGUAUCAUUUUUUAUCGGGGGAAGCCGUUAAAAGGGACCUAUUAUGCUUUUUUUCCCUACAUUUAAAACACUUCCUUGUUGUCUACACAACAUGUAAUGUGGGUCAACAUUUUGCAUACAUUAUGUUUUACAGCCUUUUUACAAGACACUUUCUGACCUUCUCUAUAGGAUGUGCCGUGUUAGGGGUAGGCUUAUUUACCCCCAUUUCGAUUGCAUCGUCAAUGUUUUUUUGCACUUGCAGAGCGAGUCUACAAAUAUAUGCUAGAAGUGUGCACUACUAUGUAUAAAAAUAGCAAUAUAAGCGAAUGCAUGUGCGGUGGGAGAUAUCCUCUAAUGCAGGGGUCACCAACGCGGUGCCCGCGGGCACCAGGUAGCCCGUAAGGACCAGAUGAGUCGCCCGCUGGCCUGUUCUAAAAGUAGCUCAAAAAGCAGCACUUACCAGUGAGCUGCCUCUAUUUUUUAAAUUUUAUCCAUUUACUAGCAAGCUGGUCUCGCUUUGCUCGACAUUUUUAAUUCUAAGAGCGACAAAACUCGAAUAGAAUUUGAAAAUCCAAGAAAAUAUUUUAAAGAAUUGGUCUUCACUUGUUUAAAUAUAUUCAUUUAUUUUUUUACUUUGCUUCUUAUAAAUUUCAGAAAGACAAUUUUAGAGAAAAAAUACAACCUUAAAAAUGACUUUAGGAUUUUCAAACACAUAUACCUUUUUUACCUUUUAAAUUCCUUCCUCUUCUUUCCUGACAAUUUAAAUCAAUGUUCAAGUAUUUUUUCUUUUUUUAUUGUAAAGAAUAAUACAUACAUUUUGAUUUAAUUCUUCAUUUUAGCUUCUGUUUUUUCGACGAAUAAUAUUUGUGAAAUAUUUCUUCAAACUUAUGAUUAAAAUUCAAAACAAUUAUUCUGGCAAUUCUAGAAAAUCUGUAGAAUCAAAUUUAAAUCUUAUUUCAAAGUUUUUUGAAUUUCUUUUAAAAUGUUUGUUCUGGAAAAGCUAGAAGAAAUAAUGAUUUGUCUUUGUUAGAAAUAUAGCUUGGUCCAAUUUUUUAUAUAUUAUAACAAAGUGCAGAUUGGAUUGUAACCUCUUUAAAACAUGUCAUCAAAAUGUUAAAAUUGAGAAAAAUUACUAAUGAUGUUCCAUAAAUUUGUUUUUUAAUUUUUUCAAAUAUAUUUGAAUUAGCUAGUUUUUCGUUUCAUUUUUGUCGGUUGAAUUUUUAAUUUUAAAGAGUCGAAUUUGAAGAUAAACUAUGUUUCAAAAUUAAAUUUUCAUUUUUUUCAUGUUUUCUCCUUUUUUAAACCGUUUAAUUAAGUGUUUUUUUCAUCAUUUAUUCUCUACAAAAAACCUUCCGUAAAGGAAAAGAAAUGUACGACGGAAUGACAGACAG